AUGGCGUUCCAGGCUGCGAAACGCGACCUCCGAAAGAGGAUGCGCUCAACUCUGCAAAAUCUAUCUGCAACCUCAAUAAGUCAACAAUCCAGCGCGGCAACAACCAAGUUCUUGACACUGCCCGAAUACCAAAAUGCCAAAAACAUCGCCAUAUACCUAUCUAUGCCAAGCGGGGAACUCUCGACAACUGGAAUCGUAAAGGAUGCUCUACAGCGUGGGAAGAAUGUUUUCAUCCCGUAUAUUCAUACCCAGGACAAAACAUCCGUUAUGGACAUGUUCGCUCUCGGAUCCAUGUCCGAGUUCGAGUCAUUACAGCCAGACAACUGGGGAAUACCAUCCCUACUAUCUACGCAGAUCGAAGGUCGACCAAAUGGAUUGACACAGGGAUUAGAUCUGAUUGUCAUGCCGGGCAUGGCCUUUGACCAUGGAUUCCGACGACUUGGUCAUGGCAAAGGGUAUUAUGAUCAUUUUCUAACGCGAUAUUCAACAUCGACCCGCAAGAUGCCAUUCCUUGUUGCCCUUUCUCUCCAAGACCAGUUGCUAUCCGAGGAUAUCCCCGUGGUAGAGCAUGACUGGUUGGUUGAUGCGAUCGUGGUUGGUGAUAGUGAAUAUUUGGACCGCAGGGUGUAA